AUGGCCUCUCAUAUUUCGGUGGUCAUUUUGGUGGUGUCAUUCACGUGCAGCUUAUGGCUAACUGCGCAUGCCCAGUUAUGGUGGGAUGACGAUGAGAUCUCGUUAGAUGAUCUUGUGGAUACUGGUUACCCAAUCAAACGUCCACGCUAUGACAGGUUUCGAGAUGCCAGUAACAUAAUACAUUACAAAACUUUUAUUGACGAUCUUGAAUCGGAAAAUGUCCAUGACAAUAAUGAUAACCCUGAAAUUACUGCUAAAUCCGAUGACAUCGACUCCGAGAGAAAUGACGAUGAAACCAAAGAUAAGCAACACCUAUCACAAGGUCCUCCAACAAAGCCAAAGAGUUUACUUUCCGAUUCAAAAGAAACUGAUGAUGCGAAUGGUGCCGAAACCCUCAGAGUCCAAGAGAUGCAAGCUAAUGACGAGGAAAAUUCUGAUGAUGAUGAAGAUGAAGGCAAUGAUAAAGCUCAAAACACAGCCAAAGUUGACGUAACCCAAGACAAGAAAAGUGGUCAUGAAAAUGAAAAUAUUGGAAACUUAUCACAAGGGCCUACAGCAAAACCAAAGAGUCCACAUUCUGAUUCAAAAGAGCCCGAUGAUGCGAAUGAUACCGAAACCCUCAAAGACCAAGAGAUACCGGAAGAUGGCGAGGAAAAUUCUGAUGAUGAUGGAGAUGGAAGUAAUAACAAAGAUCAAAACACAGCCAAAUUUGACGAAACCGAAGAAGAGAAAAGUGGUGAUGAAAACGAACAUAAUGAGAACUUGUCACAAGGACCCACACCAAAGCCAAAGAGUUCGCAUUCCGAUCCAAAAGAAACUGCUGAUUCGAAUGGUGCUAAAACCCUUAGAAUUAAAAAUAUGCAAGAAACUGACGAAGAAAAUUCUGAUGAUGAUGGAGAUGAAGGUAAUGAUAAAGACCAAAACACUUGGAAAGUUGAUGAAACCCAAGACGAGAAAAGUGGUGAUGAAAAUGAAAAUAUUGGAAACUUAUCACAAGGGCCUACAGCAAAGCCAAAGAGUUCGCAUUCCGAUUCAAAAGAAACUAAUUAUUCGAAUAGUGCCAAAACCCUCAGAAUUAAGGAGAUACAAGAAACUGACGAGGAAAAUUCUGAUAAUGAUGAUAAUGAUAACGGUAAUGAUAACACCCGAAACACUUGGAAAGUUGACGACGCACAAGACGAGAAGAGUGAUGACGAAAGCGAUCCUGAUUUAUUAGGAGGGCCUUUAACAAAACAAACAAAUUCAGACUCCGAUCCAUCUGAUGAUAAAAAAUCUAUCACUGCAAAUUCACAGACAAAUGGCAAACAAGAUGUCGAUGAUAAUGACAACUCUGGUAAAGUUAAUGGCAUCCGAGACAACAAGGAUGAUGAAAACGAAGGAAACACGGAGUUGUCACGUGAGACAUCAGAGAAACAGAAGAAAUCACAUACGAAUUUUAAGGAAAUUGACGAUUUCGAUAAGGACAAAACAGUCAAAAACACAGCGACAAAAACAAAUAAUAAGGAAACGCCAAAACAUACCCCGUCAGAACCUGGUUAUAAGGAAAUCGGUUCUUCUUUUGAUCAAACAACGCCAACGCAAAUAUCGUCCUUGGAAAAACCGGAAGAAAAUGAUGACUCGUCUCAAGAUCGUAUUCCGAAAUCAGCGAGCGAUGAUUCUGAUGAUUCGUCCGAGAUUGACGAAAACGACGAUUCCUCAACGCAGGAAAGUUAUUCUUCGUCAUCCUCAUCUUCCGAAAGUUCUGAUGGUUCUAAGGAAACCACAACUCCAACGAAUUUUAUGUCAAGAGGAACUUCGAAAACCUUUGUAAGGACCACACCAACGCCGACACCGGCACCUCCAAAGGGAAGCUCUGAAGAAACAGAAGAAUCCCCUCAGACCACAACAACAAUACCGACACCAGAAAAGGAAAGCACAACUUCGAUGACUUUCACCACGAGCCCUCCUUUCAGAUGUCCGCUGGUAAUGGAUAUUAUCAUUGUUAUACAUGGGUCAAACACCAUUUCGAGACAGAAUUUCACUGAUAUAAAAUGUGGUGUUAUCAACUUUAUUGAAUCUAUGACGCCACCACGAUAUCCAAACAACUCACACAUUGGAUUUAUACAGUACAGCGACGCCAACCAUAUACAGACACGUACUAUUUCUGCCAACAAGGACGGACUUAAAGUGUUUGUCUACGAGACCAACACCUCGGGAACGGGCACACGGACAGAUCUAGGACUGUUGGAAAUGAACCGGAUGUUUGCGUCUAACUUCCGGCCGGGUGUACGACGGAUUGGCGUGAUCGUUACGCACGGUCUGUCACCAUCUCCUGUUAACGUUGCCCAGCAAGCGUUCCUGGCCAGGCGAGCGGGUAUUGACAUUUUCGUUGUAGGCAUCACCAGUAAUACUAGGAGAUACGAACUUAAUGUCAUGACAGGAACUGUUGGGCGUCACCACGUUUACUACAUGCCACGAUUCAACGAAUUCAAAGAUUUCGUUAAUAAUCAACUAGUAUAUGAGGUCUGUGCUGCACCUACUAUACCCACCCCUCGUCCAACCGAACAUCAAAAAGAAUCUCAAACACCAAAACCAACUCCAGCACCUACUCCACAGCCUACUCCAAAGCUAACUCCUCGACCUACUCCACGUCCCACCCCAAGACCUACACCUAGGCCUCAUUACACUCCUAGACCAACUCCCCGGCCUACCCCACGGCCUUCUCCAAAAUCAACUCCUCGGCCUACCCCACGUCCCACACCAAGACCAACAUCUAGGCCCCAUUACACUCCUAGACCAACUCCACGACCAACCCCACGGCCUACUCCAAAAUCAACUCCUAGGCCUACUCCACGUCCCACCCCAAGACCGACACCUAGGCCUCAUAACACUCCUAGACCAACUCCCCGUCCAACCCCACGCCCUACUCCAAAACUAACUCCUAGGCCUACUCCACGUCCCACCCCAAGACCGACACCUAGGCCUCAUAACACUCCUAGACCAACUCCCCGUCCAACCCCACGGCCUACUCCAAAACUUACUCCUCGACCUACUCCACGUCCCACCCCAAGACCUACACCUAGGCCUCAUUACACCCCUAGACCAACUCCACGACCAACCCCACGUCCAAUUCCAAAACUUACUCCUCGGCCUACUCCACGUCCAACACCAAGACCGACACCUAGGCCCCAUUACACUCCUAGACCAACUCCCCGGCCAACUCCACGCCCAACUCCAAAACUAACUCCUCGGCCUACUCCACGUCCCACACCAAGACCAACACCUAGGCCCCAAUACACUCCAAGACCAACUCCCUGGCCUACCCCACGCCCUAUUCCAAAGCUAACUCCUCGGCCUACUCUACGUCCCACCCCAAGACCAACACCUAGGCCUCAUUACACUCCUAGACCAACUCCACGACCAGUCGAACGGCCUACUCCAAAACUAACUCCUCGGCCUACUCCACAUCCCACCCCAAGACCAACACCUAGGCCUCAUUACACCCCUAGACCAACUCCCCGGCCAACUCCACGUCCCACACCAAGACCCACAUCUAGGCCUCAUUACACCCCAAGACCAACUCCCCGGCCAACUCCACGUCCCACACCAAGACCGACACCUAGGCCUCAUUACACCCCUAGACCAACUCCCCGGCCAACUCCACGCCCCACACCAAGACCGACACCUAGGCCUCAUUACACCCCUAGACCAACUCCUCGGCCUACUCCACGUCCCACACCAAGACCGACACCUAGACCAACGCCUCGACCUACUCCUAGACCUACUCCUAGUCCUACUCCACGACCUACGACUCAAAAGCCAACUGUUCCACCUAUGUGGUCCUGGUUCUGGAAGCCAAUAAGUCCUACUAAACCUGUCCCAAAACCGGAAACUACCACCACCGCACCAACUACGACGACGAGAAGGUUCACUACCACAACAACGGAACUGGAGACGCCUCCGCCAGGUUUCAAUCCAUGUUUGGGUUGUAAGAUGGCAAACGGAGCGGGCUUCAAUCCACAUCCUACUGACUGUAGUAAGUUUGUCCAGUGUCUCUUCACUGGCAGUGCCGUCACUGCCUACUAUAAAAAUUGCCCUGUCGGCCACUUCUGGAACCAGGAGAAACUGACAUGUGACUAUGCCUUCCGGGUGAACUGCGUUCAUGAUAUGUGUCAUAACUUACUGGUGCAACGCUAUGCCAAUCGCGCCCAUUGCCAGGCCUACUGGACAUGUGAAAAUGGGCAUGCCUCUCAACAAUGUUGUCCCCCUGGCCAAGCUUACAACACCGAUGUUGGAAUGUGUGUCAAGGACGCGACCUGUCCGCCAACUUGUACUUGGUCCUACACUCCUCCAACGAAAACAGUGUGUAAGGACAGGGCUGUACCUGGUCAAGACGCUUUCUAUGAGAGGGAUGUAGAAGGGCACGGAUGGCUGAUGAUGCCUUGUGCUCCAGGAACGAAAUUUGACCAAAAGGAAUGUCGAUGUUCGGAAUUCUCCGCUAGUCUUAGUGAUAAAGAUACAGAUUGUAAUGCGGAAGUGAUUCUAAAUUUCGAAAAUGAUGUUCAGGACACUUCCGGAAAACAUUUGUGGGUUACCAAGAAAGGAGUGAAGGUAGAAAAUGGAAUGGCUAUAUUUGAUGGGAAAUCUGAACUCUUAAUCCAACGAUUCACAAAUGAUGACUUUGGGUUUACAUUUAUUGUACGUAUUCGUUACCGAGAAGCGAGAAACACACUUUCUACAAAUGCCGCACUGAUUAGUAAUGGCGAUUGUGGAAGUGAUGGAUCCAUCGUCAUAGCAACUGAUCCAAACGGCAUCCGGUUUGGCGUAGAUACGGAUAAAACACGUGGCCUCUACGGCUUCAGAAUGAGAAAACCCAGAACUGAAUGGAAAAUGGUAGAAUUCAAACUAGCUGAUGGGAAGCUUCAAGGCCGAGUUAAUAACAGGAAAUUUUCCCAAAAUGUACCAGGUCGUAUUGAAAGAAGAGCUUGUGCAAUACAGAUAGGUCAUGGUUGGGGCCUGGAAAACUUCGCAGGAGAAAUGGACCAGCUGGAAAUCUACAAGUGCAAGCCGAUGACAGAAUUUCUAUACCGUCCAUAA